UAUAAGUCUGAAAAUAAAGCUUGUGUUUUUGGGUGCUAUUCUCUGUGCAUAGAUUUGUAGAGGAGUAGCCAUGAGGGGCUUGUUUAGUCUCCUGCUGCUGGGCUGUUUAGCGAUCCCUCAGGUUUCUUCCCAUGGACGCCUCAUCGAACCACCCUCGCGCGCCUCCAUGUGGCGGUACGGCUUCGAUACCCCGCACGAUUAUAACGAUCAUGAAGCCUACUGUGGUGGAUUUACGCGGCAGUGGCAGAGGAAUAAGGGGAAGUGUGGAAUUUGUGGAGAUGCUUGGGACUCAGCGAAGCCAAGAGCCCACGAAAUAGGUGGAACAUACGGUAAAAAUGUGAUAUCAAGAAAAUACAAGACUGGUGAUGUGAUUCCAGUGCGUGUAGAAUUAACUGCCAAUCAUUACGGUUAUUUCGAAUUUCGUAUUUGCCAAUUAACUGUUAAAAAUGAAGACGCGACACAAGAGUGUCUCGACAAAAAUUUACUCAAUCAGGAGAACGGAACAGCUCGAUAUUACCCGGGGCCGGGUAACAGAAUUUUCGAGAGCUACUACAAAUUACCCAAGCACAUUACAUGCGCCCAGUGUGUAUUUCAGUGGAGGUACAUCGCUGGGAAUAAUUGGGGUGACUGCGGGAAUGGAACAGGCGCAGUUGGCUGUGGCCCCCAGGAGGAAUUCCGUGGUUGCGCAGACAUAACAAUCGGCGACAACAUUGCACCCCUCCCAACACGUGCCCCAACCCCCACAAGACGGCCAGCAUCAACAACAUCAAGACCAACAGACACCUCAUCGUCAGACUACACCCCAGAAGGAUCAAACUAUUGGUUUCUCGGCUUUGUCAUUUCUGGAACAUGUCUUCUGGUCGUUCUGGCGAUAUUUUCUCUACUUUAUGCCUACUACUAUCAUGCUGGAAGGGCCAAGCAGUGGCUGAUGGCGCGAAGACUCGCUUUGGACAGCGGAAAUUCCACUCCAGUGACUCAACCACCAGUCGCACCGCCGAGACACAAAAGACAGUCCUCGAUGAAUAAUCUACAUCUUCAGUUAUGAGAAAUAAUAUUUCAUAGAUUUUUCUUUCUGUACAUAAACCUCUCUCCUAUUUAUUAUCAUUCCUAUGGUAAUUACGAAUACGUUUUCUACUCUUUCAAGUCUUAUUUUAAGUUUUAGAAUGGAAUAUAAAUCUGCAUUUUUCUCAUUGAUCAUCUCUAUGUUCAUCACAUAUCGAUCAUUAUCACGCAAUACCAAUAAGAAUAAUAAAAACAUUGGUUUCGAUUUUUUAUUCAAUAGAA